AUGACGUUUAGAAACCCCAGUCGCCGUGUGGGGAGCAAUUACCAUAAUAUUGAAGCCCAUGCGCGGUAUCAUGGCAAUGAAUUUGCGACUACGGAGAUCCAAGGGUUUUAUUUAGGGCAUAAGAGCAAGAAUAAUAACGUGAACACCGUGUUUAAAGGGGAGCAGCAGGGGGUGGUAAGUGAUUUGGAGGAUAAGUUGAGAUAUAAUCAGGAGCACGAGGUUGGUAUUUAUGCAAUCGUUUUGCAUUUGAAUUUUAAGAUGAGGUAUAAGGUUUUUUGGGAGAGAACGGGUGAAUACGAAGUGAGAUGCUAUCUAGAGGUUCCUUUGAUUUCAUCAUCUGCCAAAUUUGAACGAACCCAAUGUGACUUAAUUUGA